CUGAGGUUGGGGCUCCCCGUCCACUUGUGGCAGGAGAUAUUCACAAGCAGAGGCGCCCGAGGCGAUGCCCCGCAUCAGCCAGAAUCGGAAGGUGGGUCCCUCGUGAGGUCAGUGGGCAAGGCCUGCAGGACCAGGCGGCCGGUGCCGCAGUUUCCCCGCCUGCAGAGGUGGAGGCCCCGCUGUGACUCGGGCCGUCACGGGAAGGACCGCUCACUGACUGGAAACGAAGGCCAGACUCUUGCGAAACCUCUGGGUUUCCCCCGUGACUCACAGGCUGCGAGCCUGAAGGGGUGACACUUGAAAAGCAGUUCACGAGGGGUCCUCCGCUGUCGGGGGACCGGGGGCCGGGGAGCGUGGCCGUCUGUCCCUGUCUGUGCGGCCAGGGCUGGCGUCUGGCUGCUGUGGUCACUCAGUCACUCAACAACCACCUCUGUUUUCUCAGCGCCAGCCCCUCUGUUCACACGGAGCCACGUGCCACCAUCCGGGUGCCCGUGGGCAGGACGCAGGGCAGGGGCCGUCCUGGUCCCCGAAGGCCUUCUUGAAGCUGCCGCGGGCCUGCUGCCGCCCACAGAUCUCCCCCCGCGGGAGGCAGAUGGGCCGGCGGGCCAGGGCGCCAUCUGGUGGGCAUAAGCUGGAUGCUCCCUCUGGGAACGGGCUUUCUGAAGCCUGUGGUCCAGAGUCCCACCUCCAGUCUCCCAGCUGGCCUAGGCAUCCACGUGGUCUCCGUACCUGUGCCGGCCUCGGUGGCCCUGCUAACACGGCGAGGUGAACUCCAAGAUGUCGCUUGUCACCAUGCCUUUUUACCAAAGGAGACACAAGCACUUCGACCAGUCGUAUCGCAAUAUUCAGACAAGAUACCUUAUGAACGAAUAUGCAGCAAAAACGCGCUCGUCCUCCCGGUCGUCCUCCCAGUCGUCCUCCCAGCAGUCUCUCAGCGAGAAGUCGUCUUCCCAGCGAGCUGCCAGCCAGAAGCUGCUGUCACAGGGCGGCACGGUCUGCAGGCUCUGCGCCAAGAGGGUGAGCUCCGAGGAGGAGGAGAGCGAGCAUGAGAACAAGAGAAGGUACGCCCUGGUCCCCUCAGGCCGCCUGGGUCACAGGUCGCAGCGCCUCCCACCGGGACAGGGUCCCAUCACAUAUCCCCCGGCCCCGGGACAGGGCAGGAGAGAGCGCAGGAUGGUUUUCCCGGGGUGCGAGGGGAGGGUGAACGGCAUUGAAUCCGAAUCGCCGGGAACCGGGUACAAAAACGGCACCCUGAUCAGCCAAGCGGCCGAGCCCGGCAAGUACAGGAUCGAGAGCAAGUACGGUGUGCACACGCUGGAGAUCCACAGGGCAAACUUUGACGACACCGCCACCUACUCCGCAGUGGCCACGAAUGUGCAUGGGCAGGCGUCCACCAACGCGGCCGUGGUGGUGAAAAGGUUCCGAGGGGAAGAGGAGCCGAUCCACUCCAUGGGGCUCCCGAUUGGCUUGCCCCUGCCGUCCGUGGUUCCGUACACGCACUUCGACGUCCAGUUUCUGGAGAAGUUCGGGGUCACCUUCCGGAGAGAAGGCGAGACGGUCACUCUGAAGUGCACGCUGCUGGUGACGCCGGACCUGAAGCGGGUGCAGCCGCGCGCCGAGUGGUACCGGGACGAUGCGGACCCGCUGGUCACAGGGGCUCCGGGCGCGCCCAUGGAUGUGCGGUGCCAUGAUGCCAACCGAGAUUACGUCAUCGUCACCUGGAAGCCGCCCAACACGACCUCGGAGGGCGCCGUCAUCGGCUACUUCAUCGACCGGUGCGAGGUGGGAACGAACAAUUGGGUUCAGUGCAAUGACUCCCCCGUAAAAAUCUGCAAGUACCCCGUGACGGGGCUGCUGGAAGGGCGGUCGUACGUGUUCCGCGUCAGGGCGAUCAACAGCGCCGGCGUCAGCCGGCCGUCCCGAGCCUCGGAGGCUGUGGCUGCCCUCGACCCUGCUGACCUCACCAGGUUACAAGCCGUCCGUUUGGGGGAAGAUAAAGAAAUUGUGAUCUAUCAGGAUGACCUGGAGGGCGACGUGCAGAUCCCGGGGCCCCCCACCAACGUGCACGCCUCAGAGGUCAGCAGGACCUACGUGGUCCUCAGCUGGGAGCCCCCCGUCCCCCGGGGCAAGGAGCCCCUGACCUACUUCAUCGAGAAGUCCAUGGUCGGGAGCGGCAGCUGGCAGCGGGUCAACGCCCAGACGGCGGUCAGGUCGCCGCGCUACGCCGUCUUUGACCUCGCAGAGGGGAAGCCCUACGUGUUCCGCGUUCUGUCUGCAAACAAGCACGGGCUGAGCGACCCGUCGGAGAUCACGCCCCCCAUCCAGGCCCAGGACACCAUAGUCACCCCCUCUGCACCCGGCCGGGUCCUUGUAUCCCGGGACACAAAGACGUCGGUCGUGGUGGAAUGGGACAGGCCGAAACACCAAGAGGACCUACUCGGCUACUACGUGGACUGCUGCAUGGUGGGAUCCAAUGUCUGGGAGCCCUGCAACCACAAGCCCAUCAGCUACAACAGGUUCGUGGUGCACGGCCUGACCACGGGUGAGCAGUACAUGUUCCGCGUGAAAGCGGUGAAUGCCGUGGGGACCAGCGAGAACUCGCAGGAGUCGGACGCCAUCAAGGUCCAGGCCGCGCUCAUCAGCCACGUGGGCUCCACGGAUCCCACCACAGGCCUGCACACAGUCAGGAGGGUCUGUGACUGUCACGUGGGCUCCUCGGAGCUCAGCACAGGCCUGCACACAGUGGAGGGCUUGACCGAAGGCGCGUCCUAUGAGUUCAAAAUCGCUGCCAGCAACCUGGUGGGCAUCGGGCAGCCCUCGGACCCCAGCGAGCUCUUCAAGUGCGAGGCCUGGACGGCGCCGGAGCCGGGUCCCACGUACGACCUGACCUUCUGCGAGGUCAGGGACACCUCGCUGGUGCUGCUGUGGAAAGCCCCCGUGUACGCGGGCAGCAGCCCCGUGUCCGGCUACUUCGUGGACUACAAGGAGGAGGGCUCUGAGGAAUGGACCUCCGUCAGCGAGGCGCCCACGGCCCAUCGCUACUUAAAGGUGUGUGACCUGCACCAGGGUCAGAGCUACGUCUUCCGAGUGCGGGCGGCGAACGCCAGUGGCGUGGGGAAGCCGUCGGACCCGUCGGAGCCGGUGCUCCUGGAGGCCAGGCCGGGCACGAAGGAGGUCAGCGCGGGGGUGGACGAGCAGGGCAACAUCUACCUGAGCUUCGACUGCCCGGAGAUGACCGACGCCUCCCAGUUCACCUGGUGCAAGGCCUACGAGGAGAUCGCCGACGAGGACAAGUUCCAGGUGGAGACCGUCGGGGACCACUCGAAGCUGUACUUCAAGAGCCCGGACCAGGGGGACCUGGGCACCUACUCCGUGUCCGUGAGCGACACGGACGGGGUGUCGUCCAGCUUCGUGCUGGACCAGGCAGAGCUGGAACGCUUGAUGGCGCUGAGCAACGAGAUAAAAAAUCCCACCGUCCCGCUCAAGUCUGAGCUGGCCUACGAGGUGUUCGAGCACGGCCAGGUGCGCUUCUGGCUGCAGGCCGAGCAGCUGUCCCCUGACGCCAGCUUCCGGUUCGUGAUCAACGACCGGGAGGUCUCCGACAGCCCGACGCACAAAAUCAAGUGCGACAAGUCGACGGGCAUCAUCGAGAUGGUGAUGGACCAGUUCACGGUGGAGAACGAGGGCACCUACACGGUGCAGAUCCACGACGGGAAGGCCAAGAACCAGUCCUCUCUGGUGCUCAUCGGAGACGCGUUCAAGGCUGUCCUGGACGAGGCUGAAUUUCAGAGGAAAGAAUUUCUCAGGAAACAAGGCCCCCACUUUGCCGAGUACCUGCGCUGGGACGUCACUGAGGAGUGUGAAGUCCUCCUGGUCUGCAAGGUCGCGAACACCAAGAAGGAGACGGUGUUCCGGUGGCUGAAGGACGACGCCCUGUACGAGACGGAGAGCCCGCCGGACCUGGAGCGGGGCGUCUGCGAGCUGCUCAUCCCCAAGUUGUCCAAGAAGGACCACGGGGAGUAUAAGGCGACCUUGAAGGAUGACAGAGGUCAAGAUGUGUCCACCCUUGAGAUAGCCGGCAAAGUGUACGAGGACAUGAUCCUGGCAAUGAGCAGAGUCUGCGGCUUAUCUGCUUCUCCCCUGAAGAUACUCUGCACCCCGGACGGAAUCAGACUGCAGUGUUUCAUGAAAUACUUCACCGAGGAGAUGCGUGUGAACUGGUACCACAAAGACGCUAAGAUCGCAUCCAGCGAGCACAUGAGGGCGGGCGGCAGCGAGGAGAUGGCCUGGCUGCAGAUCUGUGAGCCCACGGAGAAGGACAAAGGGAAGUACACCUUCGAGAUCUCGGACGGCACGGACAACCACCAGCGCUCGCUCGACCUGUCCGGCCAAGCCUUCGACGACGCGCUGGCAGAGUUCCAGCAGCUCAAGGCGGCUGCCUUUGCAGAGAAGAAUCGUGGCAAGGUGAUCGGUGGUUUACCUGACGUGGUGACCAUAAUGGAAGGCAAGACCUUGAACCUGACAUGCACGGUGUUCGGAAACCCCGACCCCGAGGUGGUGUGGUUCAAGAACGACAAGGACAUCGAGCUCAACGAGCACUUCUCGGUGAAGGUGGAGCAGGCCAAGUUCGUCAGCAUGAGCAUCAAGGGCGUGACCUCCGAGGACUCGGGCAAGUACAGCAUCAACGUCAAGAACAAGUACGGGGGCGAGAAGAUCGACGUCACGGUCAGCGUGUACCAGCACGGGGAGAUGAUCCCCGAGGUGCAGCCGCCCCAGCAGGCCACGCCCAAGCUCAUCCCCGCCUCCGCCUCCGGCCCGGCCCAGUGAGGCCGCGCCCGCAGUCGGGGUGCUGUGUGCCGUGCCCAAUGCGUGUCGCCAGCUGAGUGUCCCCACGCGUGGCCCGAGAGCGAGCCUGCGCUCCGCGUGUUUGGCUUUGGCAUUUGUUCAGUAUAGUCUAGGGCCCUCGAGGCAGGAAGCCAAGAGCUCUGUGCGGCGUCCUGUCCACGCCCAGGUGGACUCCGGGUGCUGACAAGACCCAGCAGCCCCGGCUCCUGGCUGGAGCCCUUUAUCCUGUGCUACCGGCCACUGUGUUUUUUCUUGCUUCUGACUAAUAAAACUUUACGAGGCGA